AUGGGUAGCAGUUCAGAAGAAUCAGACAUCAGCGAGUGUGAGAUGGAUGACUUCAUAGAGAAGUCAUAUAAUCAACUCAAAGCAGGGAAAUACAAGAAGAUCAAGAAUCCAAAUUCCACUUUCAGAUGCCCUUUUUGUGAAGGCAAAAAAAAGCGGUCAUUUCAGUUUGGAGAACUUCUUCUACAUGCCUCAGGAAUAGGCAUAGGCUCAUCCAAAAGAAGCAUACAAAUAAAGGCAAAGCACCUUGCCUUGGCAAAAUACUUGAAGGAAGACAUCAGCAAUGAAUUUGAUGACUCACUUUCUAAGCCCGUGUUGGAAAUAGCCAAUGAGCAACCCAAACAAGAUCAAAUGUUUGUUUGGCCUUGGAAAGGGAUUGUGGCCAACAUAUUAGGGAAGUCAAACCAUGAAUCUGAAAACAAUGAUAGUGAGCUUUGGCUAAAAAGGUUUGAACAAUAUAAACCCAAAGAAGCUCAUGUGUUGCAUUGUGCUGAUGAUCCUAGAGGAUAUGUUAUACUAGAUUUCGGUACAGAAUGGAUUGGAUUCAGGCAAGUGAUGAAAUUGGAUACAGAUUUUCUAACUGCUAAUCAUGGUAAAAAGGACUGGGAUUCAAGGGAAGAGAGUCAUGGUUCAGACUUUUAUGCAUGGUGCGCACGAGCAGAGGACUACAAUUCGGAAGGGCUGGUUGGGACUUAUCUUCGGGAGAAAACAGAGCUGAAAACAACUUCUAAGGUAACACAGGAUUCAUGGAAGGAACGAAGUCAAACUGUGGCACAUUUGGUUGAGGAAAUAGACUUUUCAAAUAAAAUUAUUGGUGAAGUUGAAAAGAAGUACACAGAGACAAGCAUAUCAUUGAAUAGAAUUAUGGAAGAAAGGGACUUGCUUAACAAAGCUCGAGUUCAAGAGAUGGCGAGGAUGCAGCAGCAUGCUCGUGAACAUGUUCUUAGAGUCAUAGAAGAGACCGAAAAACUGAAAUGUGAAAUACAUACAAAGAAUGUUGAACUUGAUCGCUGGUGUCAACAACUUAGUGAACAAGAAACCUCAACUGUACAUGAAAGAAGAAAAUUUGAGGAAGAAAAGAAAAGGAAAAUGGAAUCAAUAAUUUUAGCAUCAGAGGAGCAGGUGAAGGCCAACCAUGAUUUUUUCGGGUUGCUUGAAAAACAUCAGAUAGAGAAAAAGGCUCAAAUGAAUAAACUAUUGAAGCUUGAGAAAGAGUUAGACGAUGAACAUAAGUUGAAGUUAGAGAUUGCUGAACUAGAAGGGCAACUGAAGGUUUUAAGGUGUAUGAAUGUGAUGGGAGCAGAUCCUGAAAAGGAUAGAAAGAAACAAAUAGAAAAAAUGGAAAAAAAACUGGAGGAGAUGAUUGAGGAUAUGUCUGAAAAAGAAUAUUUAAGUCAAGUUCUCAUGCUGAAAGAACAACCAGUUAAAAGGGAGCUAGAAGAUGCUCGACAAGAACUUAUUGCAGUAAUAUUUUAUUUCCUUGAUAUUCUUGCAGAAUUACCAAAGCUCUUGAAAGGGUCAACUGUUAUUGGAGUCAAGAAACUUGGGGAGAUCAAUGCUAAACCAUUUCAAAAGGUGUGUAAAUAUAGAUAUAAAGAUUGUCAUACAGCAUUAUCUGAGUCUGCCAAACUACACUCGAAGUGGCAAAGCGAAAUUCUGGACUCAACAUGGCACCCUUUCAGGAUUAUUGAUGUUGAAGGGGAGGGAAAGCAGGAGGUAAUUGAUGAAGAUGACCAGAAAUUGUCAACUUUAAAGGAAGACUUGGGAGAGGAGGCAUAUAUGGCUGUGUUGACAGCUUUGAAGGAGUUGAAUGAAUAUAAUAGUUCAAGCUGUGCCAAGACCACUCCCAAUCAGAGUGGGAGAUCUGUGAUACCUGAGCUUUGGAACUUCAGAAGUGGACGUAAAGCCACCUUAGAUGAAGUUAUUGCUUACAUAAAGGGUAGGAUUAACAAAAUCGGGUGA